AUGGCUCCUCCACUAUCUCUUUGGAUGUUGUUAAUCGUUCUGGGGCAAUGCUGUGCUCUUAUGAUACCCCGCCAUCGGGGCACCAGAGGCCUCGUUAAUGCUCAAGGUCUCGUAGACGUCCUCAAUGACACAGUGUCGGAACCUCUCAUCCUGAAGAGGGAUGGAAACCCAGCGGACUUCAGCUGGAUCAAGCGGUGGGCCGCCGUUGGCGAUAGCUUCAGCGCCGGCAUCGGUUCAGGCACGCCGCUCGGGAGCAGGUUCCACAACACGGCCGAUUGGGACUGCUCCCGGUACGACCGCGCGUACGGCAUGGUGCUGAACCGAGCCUUCGGCAAGAGUGUCGAGGACUUCCAAUUUGUCGCCUGCUCCGGUGAUCGCACGGGAGACAUAUAUACCCAGGUGCAGAAGAUGCAAGGGAACCUGGACCUCGUCAUUAUGACGGCUGGGGGCAACGAUUUGUGUCUGGCAGAUAUGAUCAAGAACUGCGUCCUGGCAAAAGCUAGCGAGGAAGAGUGCGAGGCCGUCAUAACCAUUGCCCAGCACAAUAUAGACACCAUCCUCAAGGACAACAUCAAGCAGGUCCUGCAGGCGCUCAACGACAAGAUGAACGAUAAGUCCAUCGUAGUGUUCAACGGCUACGCCCAGUUCUUCAACACGGACAGGGACGACGACUGCGUGGGCCAGGACUGGACCCUGAUCCCACUGCUGGGCGAGGCGCUCAAGCUCAAGCUGGAGCGCCGCAAGAAGUUCAACGACCUCGUGGUGCAGAUCAACGCGGCCAUCAAGGGCGUGGUCAAGGACAUCGCCUCUACCUCGGGUAUCAAGUACACCAUUGGUUUCUCCAACUGGGACCCGUGGGUAUACAUGGGAGUUUCGGGCCAGUUCUGCGAUCCAAAGUCCAGCGGCGAGUACCCGGACAAGAAUCAGCCCGACUUGCAGUUCUUCAAGCCCAAUACCGUCGUGCUCCCGGACACGGAGCUCAAGCGCAAGAGGGACGCGGCGGACAACAGCAGCGAUGUCGGCGACGAUGACCGAGAAGGCGUGACGAUAGCACUCGCCACACGGCCCCGUGUCACCUGGGAGAGCAUCUACGAGAGCAGCCUGGUGAAGUCGCGCAACCCCCGCGCCGUGGCGCUCAAGAAGCUCAACCCCCGCGCCCCGAGCCCGCCCAACUGCCCCGGCGACAGCAGCACGAUCAGCGUACCCAUCCCCGACAGCGUGGGCAAGAACUUCCACCCCAACGAGAUGGGCCACGUCACCAUCGCCUCGUUCGCCGCCGCCGAGCUCAUGGACCUGCGCGCCAAGGUGCUCGGCGUGUCGGCGCCUGACUGCAUCAAGGCCGACAAGUUCACGUGCUGGCAGGCGGCUGGCCGGCGGGCCUACGCGUCGGUCGACCGCAUGAACGAGAACUUCAAGAAAUUCUGCGAGAAGGACAUGCAGCUCGUGCUGCGCGGCGGGGUGGGCUGGAUCGGCUCGACAACGUACCACCAGGGCACGCCGGACGAGCACGUCUUCGCGGCGCAGCUGACCGACGUGGACGCGACGUCGACCGCCGGGCAGGACAAGAUCCGGGCCGAGUGCCGCGAGUCGCUGGACCGCAUCAUCAACGGCUGCGACGGCAACGACCCGGGCAACCCGAUGGACUGGAAGUUCGGCGGGCAGUGGGUGCGCGGCGGCAACACGUGGGAGGUGACGGCCAUGGCGGACAAGCGGCCCUGGCCGCCGGUCCAGAAGCCCGACGGCAAAUGCAACGGCUGGUACCACGGCGUGUGGAGUAGCUAUGAGAUCUACGGCAAGGGCUUCAGCACCUACGACUACGGCCAGCAGACGCUGCUGCCCAACAUCAACCACUGCGCAGGCGAGUCGAGCCUCUGGAAGUUUGACUACCUGGACCCGCCCUCCGAGGAGGGAUACGAGUGGAAGGCGACGUUUGAUGAUCUCAUCUGGGUCAGGGCGAGAUGCUUUAGCAACAACAAGGUAGUGAAGGCUGCGGGAGGGUGGACGAACGGUUGCGGCGGGAAUGACUGA